UUGCAUGUCACAAUGACAUCGACUUCGCAGUGUGUCCUCAGUGAGAGCAAAGUAGUGGAGCGGGAGACGGAAGAUCGAUUGCAGUUGGACCAUAGGCUGGAUAGCUUGAUUCUUCUUGUGUAUGUCAUCUUGUUGGUUUUGUCUGUGAUAACUAUAUGGACCUUCAAACAUCGUCGAUUCCGUUAUUUCCACGAGACUGGCUUAUCGGUUAUUUAUGGCCUCAUCGUUGGGAUCGCGUUACGAUACGGGAUGAAACCAUCGAAACUUUCUGUAGAGUAUCAUAACCUGGAACACAAUGUGUCGUCCAACAGUACCUGUGGCAGCCGAUUACCUCCACAAAAGCUUAUUGCACGGCUGCCCGUACGCGACCUAUCUGGUGGUCUGAAUGUUACGAUGCUGUUUCAAUACGGAUUUGAGCAACUUACACCGACUGACAUUCCAUUCAAUAACAAGGCAACGUUCAACCCAGAGAUUUUUUUCAACGUCCUGCUUCCACCAAUCAUUUUCUCUGCAGGAUACAGUAUGAAGCGAAACCACUUUUUUCAAAACAUUGGGGCAAUUCUGACCUAUGCCUUCUUGGGAACUUUUCUUUCCGCGUUCGUUGCUGGAACAAUCUGUUACGCCCUAACUCGCAUGAUAUCUUCCCUGGCCGCAAUUCUAUCAUUCGCCGACUGCCUUCUGUUUGGUUCCAUAAUAUCUGCUACCGAUCCAGUUACUGUGCUGGCCAUUUUCAACGAUCUCGGUGUGGAUCCGCAUCUUUAUGCUCUGGUGUUUGGCGAAAGUGUCUUGAAUGAUGCACUUGCCAUUGCCUUAUCACAAUCAGUAGAAGAGUAUGGUUCGAAGUCCGCUGGUUCGUUUGAUGCGUCCGCACUGCUUUCCUCCGUCUCACACUUCUCCUUGAUGUUUGGUGGUUCGUUUUGCAUUGGUGUGGUUGUCGGUAUGCUGACAGCACUACUGACCAAAUUCACGCACAUCCGAGAGCACCCCAUACUCGAGACUACCUUAUUCGUGCUCAUGUCGUACAGCACGUUCCUGCUGGCGGAAACAGUUGGUUUUACAGGAAUUGUUGCUGUUUUGUUUUGCGGCAUCAUACAAGCCCACUACACAUACAAUAACCUUUCAGAGGAAUCGAAACUAUGGACGAAACAGUUUUUCGAACUUCUGAACUUCCUGUCAGAAAACUUUGUCUUCGCCUACAUCGGUGUCUCCACAUUUACGUACCAGCAACACUAUUGGGACGUUCGGUUCGUGUUCAUCGCUUUGCUUGCCUGUAUUGUCGCUCGAAUGGUCAGCGUGUACCCUGUGAGUGCCCUGAUCAACCUUUGUCGUGGCUACAGGCAGCCUUGUUUUCCCAGACAUCGUGCUGUUUUAGAAAACGAUCAGACAGCGACCACAACAGCACCACCGCUCCCUGGUGGGUCGAUGAGCUUCAGGAGCUUUCACGACAAUCAAAAUGCUAUCCCGCAUUCACAUGACAUCAACCGACCUCGAGACUCUUGCACCAAGAUUACUUGGAACAUGCAACAUAUGAUUUUCUUUUCCGGUCUCCGGGGUGCGAUGGCAUUCUCCCUGGCCAUCAGAAACACUAGUUCUCCGAUGCGACAGAUGUUCUUCUCAACUACUAUUGUCGUGGUCAUGACUACUGUGUUAUUGUGUGGUGGACUUGUGAUGACCAUGCUCAGUUGGCUGAAGAUAAGGACUUCCGUCGAGACACAUGACCGACAAGAUGAAGAAAGCUUGAACAUUGAUCUGACGGACUUCGUGGGAGCUAAACGCAGUCGAAGUUGGUUCAAUUACUAUUGGUAUCGAUUUGAUCGCUUUUACCUCAUGCCGCUUCUGACGAAUCGUGGUCCGCCACUAACCGAAUCGGUCCCGUGGUGUUGUUUCCGCGUCGCGAAACUGCUCACUACGGACGAGCAAUACGCGCAACACAUUAGUAGUCAGGCGUCGCGCACAAAACUAAAUGACAUGAUAAGAGAUCAUGAUUCAACGACCGAUUCGGUGGUGAUGUUUGGCCAGAACAAGGCUGACAUUAAUCGGCUGUCUGCGUCGCUUAAACUCGAUACUGCCAUGCUCGACCCGGAACCGUAUCAGACUCCUCAGACGGAUUCACCCGCUAAUUGUGCAUCAGCUACACCACAGCAAACUGUGCAUCCACCCCCCACGGAUCCGUCAGCUAAUAUAUCUGCCUUGUUUCUUCACCAGCGGUUUGUUUAAUAUUUGCGCCAUUGUGCAUCUUCCACCCUUUCAUUCCAUUUCAUCAAAGAGUCUUUUCGGGCCAUCCCGUGUGCUUUCAUCCAUGAUUGUGAUUACUCAAACAGAUUCAGUUUACUCAUUCGUUGUUUACUUUAACCUUCUCUCUUUAUGUACCCCGUUUUGUGCGUACGGUCAGCCUUUGCACAAUCAACUUCUAUCAACUGUACUACCGUUCAUUCUCAAUGCCAGAGUUCACCCCUGUUUUUGCAGCUGUCUAACCAAGCUGCCAAUUACGUGGUCCUACUGUAUCCGGUAACGCUGUGUUGGCUUUCGCUCGCUGCACUUGGCGACAUUCAGCUGUCGUGUGUUCAUGGAUGGAUAUUCUCAUGUCAUGUGAACGCGGUUUGUGCGGACUUGAGAAGACCAAGUGUUGAACAUCUCUUGUGAUCUACCCUCUGGGUUGGCGUUUGUUCCGUUUGUUCUUAUGUUACACCUUGGCUUUCGUAAACCAACGGAUUCUGUACCAUCCCGCUGUAAUCCGUGCUAAGUUCCAUCGCUUUUUGCUUGACCUCAAUAAGCAUUUGCAGUCGUAUUCUGUUGUAUGACUUGGUCCUGUUUUCCAGCCUUCGCUCGCAUUCAUGUUCUUGCUGGUCAGCUCUAGUCCGAGUUUGCACAGGUGAACUGUUAUGUUUACUUUUCGUCUGGAGUUUUUGUUGCUGCGGGUUUUAGUUUCGCUGAGAUGCAACUCACUGAAAGGGCCUCGAUCAGUGGGGUUGCAUUGAAGAACAAUGUUUGACGCAGUCUGUCAAAAUGGAAGCGAGGUAGUUGGCUGUGGAAUACCGUAACGUUAUCAAGAACAGGAUCAUGAACGUGAACUUUUUCGUCGGCCGAUUUUCGGAUCAGCGGAUGCAUUUACGCUGAUGAUCAAGUUACUAAAAAGUUGGUGUGGCAUGGUGAGCUAACUCGUGGAUGAAUAAAAUCCCAUUCAGGUUUUCGUUCAGGACACUCAUUCAUAAGUGUCCAGCGUUGCGUGAAGACCAAGUAGUUCAUCUUAGCGGAACGGUUACCACCAAUCAAUCCUGUGCUAUGGAGUAUGAUGCCUAUUCAAGUGGCAGCGGACAAAAGGAAGGUUCUGCUCUUUGCGCAGUUGGUCUUCAGCUUGGAAACGAAGCGAUGCACACGGAAUAUCAUGUUCAUUGAGUGUUUUACGAUAUUCUCGAAUUAUACCACACUGUCGAAAC